AUUCAAUUAAAAUAAAACUGGUAAAACUGAAUCAGAACCAUAAUAAAAUUGUUUUGUCUCGAUCGAUCGAUCUCGUUCUCUUCUGCCACUGGUCGCAAAGUUGCAACCGAAGAAGAACAAAAGUGGUAACGGUGGUUGCAAUUACAAGAAGACAGACGCGCCGUCCGAUAUGGCGAAAUCUGCUACUCCGACGACCGGAAAGGUUAGCAAAAACAUACCUGUUGAUGUUUCAUUCUCCAUUCUAUCAAAACUCUCUCCAAAAUCUUUAAGGCGUUUUCAAUCUGUAUGUAAAUCAUGGUCAAUGUUAUUUCAAAACCUUUAUUUCAUGAGACUCUACGGUUAUCAUCAUAUCAUUAUCACACACAAAAAUCAUUCUGAUUAUGAUGAUGAUGAUGAUGAUGAUGCAUCUAUCAUCUUAGGGCAUACUAUUCUGGUUCCUGUACCUGACCCUAAUGAAGAAGAAUUAUGGAUCACCAAGUUGUCUUUCAUUUCUGGAAAGAGAUUCGAGAAAAGGGUAGACUUAAAUUUGUCACUUCCUUUGGAAGUCCUUGGCACAGAUAUUUAUAUUUUGGGGUCUAUUAGUAUCAAUGGAAUUCUUUGUCUCACUAAUAUAUUAGGCCCUUGGAAAAAAGUUGUAUUAUGGAAUCCAAUUACCAAUGAAUUGAAUGUUAUUCCUCCUAGCCCUGUUGAGUCCGUACCUUGUACCAUGGUUUUACCUCUUAUUCAUGGAAUUGGUUAUGAUCGUCUUAGGGAUGACUAUAAGGUGAUUCGCUAUGUAGAGUUUGAUGACGGAUGUUUCGCUCACUUGUUUGAUCGUGAGUUGUCUAUGGAAGAGGAAUUGGCGAUAUCCAAGGAACCCUUGUGGGAGAUAUAUAGUUUAAGAAGCAAUUCUUGGAAGAAACUUGAUGUUGACAUGUCUAUGGCGAUGUUCCCUAAAGAUGAAGAAAACACUUCCCGAUUCUACAUGGAUGGAAUGUGUCAUUGGUGGGAUAAUGUUGAAAAAGAUAGUAGUGAUGAAACAUAUUUUGUUUCAUUUGACGUGAGCCAUGAGGUGUUUUUUACAACACCCAUGCCCUCAUACGUUGAUGAUACUUUUGAUCUUAGAUUGGUGAAGAGACAGUUGGUGAUGUUAAAUGGAUCCAUUGCUUUGAUCUCGUAUAGUUGGGAGACCGCUACUCUGAGCAUAUCAAUUUUAGGUGAAAUUGGUGUCAAAGAAUCCUGGACUAAACUCUUCAUUAUUGGACCAUUGCCUCAUUUUGACCGUCCCAUCGGAGCAGGGAAGAAUGGUGACAUAUUUUUCAGAAAAAAUGAUGGAGAACUAGCUUGUUUUAAUUUGGUUACCCGGACGAUUAAGGAGCUUGGUGUUGAGGAAGAUCUGAGUCAGAUAGUAAUUUAUAAGGAAAGCAUUGUUUCUAUUAGAGGAAUAAAUAAUUAAUUUCUUCUUUGUUUGUUUUCACCCAAGAGGUCUAUUACUGAGAUUCUUAGGAUUUUCCCUUGUAUGUCAAGUGGCUUGUCAGUUGCACAUUUCCUAUUUGUCAUCAAGUACAUGCAAAUUAAGAGACCAUUUGAUAAUAUGAAGUUUGCUUUAUUAAUUUUAUUUUUUUAAGAUUUACUCUCUUCCUAUUUGCAUACUUAUGUGGUUUGCGUUUACAUUGUAACUUGUAAGAAUGAUCUUUUGCCUUUACUGAAUGACCUUCAAUUGUAACUUGGAAAUUUUGAUACUCUGAUGGGAAUAUAUAUCUCUGUUUGAACUUCUUCUUUAGUCACCCUGAGUUUGUUGGGGAAUGAUAGGGUAGGGCAGACAUUAGUUUAUUUCGCUUCUGUGUUAGCUUCCAUUAAAUAACGUCACUCUUUAUCUUGUGCAGUAGCAUGUGAUGUGUUAUAUGUGUUUAUAAUGUAUAAUGGUAUAAAGUAGUUAUAAUCUUUCUUAGAAAAGUUACUACUAGUCGUUGUAGGCUUGUAGAAGGUCUAACUGAUAGAACUUUGCAUUGAAAUAACAGAAGUUCAGUUCAAGAUUCAUUUAAUAAUCUAUUUCUGUUUCUCUCAAAUAUCAAAUGCAUUCAUUCACUUAUAAGGAUGGGAUUUUCCUUGGCCAAUUGGGGCAUAAAUUCUUUAAUGGAGCAGGAAGUACUGUAAAUUCCAUCUGAGCCAAAUUAGCUUCCUUGGGUUGACUAUUGGUUUAAUACCAAAUUAAAUGGGUACAUCACGAUGGCUGUCAAUAGAGUAUGGUCUAAGAUAAGUUGUCCCAUAAAUUUAUGGCCCUUUGAAGGGUAUGGCAAAACUGAGAAGUUGUGUACAUUCUUCAAAGUAUCAUUAGUCUUUUUACUAGGGUCUUGUUUGACCUCUACAUUUUGAAGAACUACCCAAUGAAUAAAUUGAGUAGCUAUGGCAUCCUUAAGCUGCAAGUUUCAUUCCAUCCACCACUUCAAUUCUAAGAAGAUCGAGAGCAGAAGCAAGCAAGCAUUCAAUUUCCUUCUCAGUUUAGACUACACAGAGCAAUAUGAAGGUUGUGAUGAAUGAAGCAGCCAAGGAAAUAGAAAGGGAAGCAGUAAUAACUGUGAGUAAGCCCAAGGAAUGGAGUUAGCUGGGCGGUGGAUACUUACCAUGUUGGAGGCGACAUUGGACAGGUUUUUUUUUUACUUUUAGUGUCAUUUUAGCUUCAUUAAAUCCAAUCCAACCUCUUCAAUCUUGUCCUUAAUCUUCUUAAUUUUCCUGGAUAUUUGUUUAUGGAGCUAGUGAUCGCAGACUUUUCAUUAAAUUAUUUCAAGUCAUAUAGUGAGAUUAAAUUCUUUAUUGUUGGGCCUUGUUUUCGAAGAAGAUACAUGUCAGAUGGUAAUUUAUAAGGAAAGUCUUCUUUCCAUUAGUGGAAUAGAAAAUGCAAAUUACUUUUCUUGUUUUCAUCCAAGAGGUUUAUCAAUGUGGCGUGUCAAUUGCGCAUAUCAUAAUCAUUAUUAUCAAGUAUAUAGCAGACUAAGAAACCAUUUGAUUAUAUGAAUCUUGCUGUAUCAAAUUUAUUUUAAAGGUUUACUCUCUUUCUAAUGACUUAACCUCAGUGGACAUGUACAAAACAUAUUUUUGUUUAUGCCAUUAUGUUUAAUUUUUGCUUGUAAACUGGUCUUAGAUUAGUGCCUUAGUGGACAUGUACAAAACAUUUCUUAGCAGUUCAAGAAUAAGUGUUUUUCUUAAAACAUUGAUACCGAAUCUAACAUGGAUAAACAAAAUAAUUUUAUUCAGUCCCGUGAAUAUGCAUGGCCUACAAGAUUUACAUAUCCUUAAAACUACAUAUAAGUUCACAUCUUUAGUCAUCUUGAGUUUGUCGGGAAAUGAUAGAGUAUAUCAGAGUAUUAGUAUAUGGAAAAUGCUAAACAGUGCCCCCGGGGCACUGGUUAAGGAUCUCAAAAUGGAAAUUUUAUCUUGUUAUUAUUAUUAUUAUUAUUAUUAUUGGUGUUGGCUGUGAUGGAUAAUUUGGUUGUUAAAGUUCCACACGAAAGAUGAAAAUAUGUUGGGGGCAGUGGGCGGGAUCAAUGUAGUCAGGUUCGAGAUCCUACGUAGGAUCGGUAGGCUGGUUGAGAAUCGUAAGAUCGGGAUCGUAGCUCGAUUUGUAAGAUCCUACUCGAGGGUAAAAUUGUAACUUCACAUAUAUACAUAUACACAUAAACACAAAAAAAAAUAUAAUACAUGAACAAAAUAAACUUAAUUAAUUAAUAUUUCAUAGACAUCAUUCCAAAUGUUCAUAAGUUCAUAACAGAAGGUUAGAAGAAGCAACAAUAGGGUUAAAAAAAACCAAAAUGAAAACAGAGUGUUGAAACUUGAGAGUGAAAGAGAUGAGUUCAGAAGGUUUCAGUAAGGACAGAGGUUUUAGUGAAAGAGAUGGUUGAAAGUGAGAGAGGAGUGAACGAAAGUGAGAAAGGAGUGAGAACAAACAUACACUAACCGCCGGCGAGGUUCACGACGGCGCCAUCUAGAGCUCAGGUAAAAAAACCCUCUAGGAUCGUAAGAACCUAUGACCCGGUGUGAGAACCUGACUAUAGACAGGUCAAAAAAGGAACCUACAUGGGUUCUAAGCUCGUUUGGCCUUCACGAGCUCGUAGGAUCGUAAGAACCUAAGACCCGGUGCGAGAACCUGACUAC